AUGCCGGCGAGCAACAUUGGUUCGUACCUGCAGGACGCCAGAAAUAAUUUCGACGCCGUGCGACCCGCCCCAAUUUGCACUGAUGCCAAUCAAUCAAUAGGCCAAUGUCAGAAUGUACAUAUAUCCACCAAUUGCUAUUAUGGUUACCACGAUCUAAAAAGAUCCGAAGACAACCACGUUGACACAGAUUGCGAAAUGAUGGAACUCCCAGAAAGAACGCCCUCCAAAACAACGACUUCAAGGAAGCGGAGCGCCGAUGAAGAAGAGUUUCCUCAACGCAAACGCAUCCGAGAAGAAGUACAAAGAGAGAAAACCAUUGAACCUGAGACAAAUGAGACAGUGAAAUUGGAUACAAGUGCCGAAGAUAUCAGUGUCAUGGAAUCAUUAUAUUGGAACAUUCACGGAGGAAAUAUUUUUCAUUUGAUACAGUGUCUGUGA